AAACGCCGGAGCCAUUUUGUUCCUCUAUUGGCAGUACCCCAAAACCAGACGAAGCAGUGUAAAUGAACGCUUGGUCGGCGGCGGGACAGCCACCGGACUGGGGCAUGUUCAAUGGAACCGGAAACCCAACACUGGCAUCGGUUUUGAACGCGAGGAGAAUCAACACAGUUAUGGAUCGUUUGCUGAAACCUGGCAACCAACUUGACAAUCAGGAUAUUCGUGGCGACUGCCUCUCCCUCUCUCGGGGUAUUGAUUAUGCACUUUCCCAUGGUGAAAUUCCGAACAGAGCUCAAGUUAUGCCUGAAUUGAUGAAACAGGUUAGAGGCCUCCUUUACUUUUGCAUGCAGAUUUGUCAACAAAGUCAUGAUGAAUAUUUACACGCAGCUUUAAUGGUUUUGAUGAUCUCUGUAAAGAAUGCCUGUAAAGUUGGAUGGUUCCAGACAAAAGAGUCAGAAGAACUUCUUACUAUUGCUGAUAAGAUGGGAAAGAUCUACGGCAGCACGGGUAAUCUAAAUGCUGGACCUAGUUCUUGCCAUUCCACAAUAACAACCAUAAUGGAGAGGUUCUAUCCAACAAUGACAUUGGGUCCAAUAAUUGCAUCAGUUGAAGCCAAGCCUGGAUAUGGAGCUUCUGUUGUUGACUUUAAUAUUGCAAAGAGUGAACAUCUGCAAGAUAAAAUUCACUUAUUGGUGGCACAAACUGAUAACAUUGAGACAUCUGCAUGCCUCAUAAGUCCUCAGCAAGUGAAUUUUCUUCUCAAUGGAAAAGGAGUAGAGAAAAGGAUUAAUGUUCAAAUGGACUCUGGACCACAGAUGCCAACUAAUGUGACUGGUAUGCUUAAAUAUGGGACAAAUCUUCUUCAAGCUGUGGGCCAGUUCAAUGGUAAUUAUGUUAUACUUGUUGCCUAUAUGAGUGCCACAUCCUUGCUUGAGCAUCCACUUCUCCAAGAUUAUGUUCAUCCUGUUGUUACCUCAAUUGAUUCAGAUAUUAUUGAGGGGCCAUCGCAAAUUUCACUUAAUUGUCCCAUAAGCUUUACACGUAUCAAGACUCCUGUUAAAGGGCGUUUAUGCAAACAUUUCCAGUGUUUUGACUUUGACAAUUUCAUUAAAAUAAAUUCAAGGAGGCCAUCAUGGCGCUGUCCUCAUUGCAAUCAGUAUGUCUGCUAUGUGGAUAUUCAUCUUGACCGAAACAUGGUUGAGAUCCUGAAAAAUGUUGGUGAGAACAUUGUGGAAGUGAUUGUUUUUGCUAAUGGAUCGUGGAAGGCAGUCUUGGAAAAUGAUCGGGAUGUGGAUAAGAUGCAGAACAAGGGCCGCAAUUGUGAAAAGGAACAGACUGAACUGCAAGAAUCUACUUGCUCUCCUAGUACUGUUCCCAAUGUUUUGGACCUCACCAACGAUGAUGAUUACUUGGAGAUAAUGGACACCUGUGAAACUGCAGAUAGAAAACCUUUCUUGGGGAUGAACUGUACUGGUGUUAAUCAAAGUGUUACUGCUCUAAUAGAAGAUGAAUUUUGGUCUGGAGUUUUCCUUCCCAGUGGUAGGUCUGAUACCCCGACAGUUGGUGUCUCUGAGUGUCCCGUUCAGCCUGAUACUGUUUCUCCUGCAUUUCAUCCGGAAGCUGAGGGUCAUGACAAUAACCUUGCUGCUAACUCUGCUGUGCAUAAUCAAUAUUCUGCACUAAAUAAUUUGCAGCUGCAGUUGAACAUGAAUUCAAUUGUUAACGAGUAUGGGAGGUCAUCUUCAGUACCAAGACAUAUUAAUAGGACUCCAGUAGCUGUUCAGGCCCUCCCAGUCCAAUCUCAGGCAUUGAGACCACAGCAAAAUUCAGUAACUAAUUUGUGUUCCUUGCUACCCAGCAGUAGUUCUGCUACUCCUCACAUUUCAUUGUCUAACCCAGCCUCUGCAGAUGGUCUCAAUGCCAUAUUGAGUGAUGCGGAAAGACAGCAACACUUUUCUAGAUCCCCAAUGAAUGUGCCUCAGGUCUCGGGUGUAAAUUCAUCUACAUUGCAGCAUCACUCAGCAACACAGAGCCGAGUGCCACCAGUUAAUAUAUCAGCAGCAAGUCAAAUGCAAAACCAAUACAGAGCAUCUGGUUUGUUUGCUGAAUAUAGAAAUUCUCACCUUCAGCAAGCUCUGAAUCCACGGUCAGCGCAUCCUAUGCGAUCAUCAAAUACCCCACGGUCCCACAUCCAGCAGCGUAGUUCUCAGCCUGGGAUUGUUCAGGCAGCUGGAGCCACUGCAAAUAGUCAACAAGCUAGGGUUAUAGCCACUCCGCAGGUUGCCAGGCAAGGAAGUACUCAAGCUGGGAUUGUUCAGGCAGCUGGAGCCACUGCAAAUAGUCAACAAGCUAGGGUUAUAGCCACUCCGCAGGUUGCCAGGCAAGGAAGUACUCAAGCUGGGAUUGUUCAGGCAGCUGGAGCCACUGCGAAUAGUCAACAAGCCAGGGUUAUGCCCGCUGUGCAGGUUGCCAGACAAGGAAGUACUCAAGCUGGGAUUUUUCAGGCAGCUGGAGCUACUGCAAAUAGCCAACAAGCUAGGGGUAUGGCUGCUGCCCAGCUUGCCAGACAGUCACCAUCCGUUUCAGUUCAAAAUCAAGCUUCCGUAGCAGCCACACGGGGAUUAACAGGAGAGCAAAAAGGAAAUCUGGGAGGAACGGUGCAGUCAGUUUCUAGGCCUGAUGAAUUAAUCAAUUUGCAAUCAGAGCAGAAUUGGCGUCCUACUCAACGAAUGCGUGGAAGCCUUUCAGGUCGGCAGUUUUCAGAUGAUGUUAGGCAGCGAAUUAUUGCGCCAACACAACCACCAGUUCGAAGUUCAAAUUCAAGGCCACAAGGUCCACAACCAGUCCGACCAACCAGUGUGUCACCCCAACUAGAUGUGCUUAUUGGGAACCUCAGAAAUGCUCAUAAUUCUUCGAGCACAUAAUAUUUCAGGAAGGCUCUCCUUGCACAUGCUUGGAAAAUUUCCGAGUGCUGCACGUCAAUGUCUUCUGAGCUGAGGCUGUAAAUAAAUACUAGUUAUCUAUUUGCAGUAUAUGUAGACAUACAAGAACAUGUUCCUUUGAGCUAUUUUUACUAUAACCAGACACGCGUUUUGUGUUAAUUUCGUUCACCACAGAAUGUUGUUGAAAGGGAAAAGAAAUCUUUUGAA